CCUCUCUCUUUCUCUUCUCCUUUCUUGCUUUCCACCCAUCUGGUCCACCCACCCACAUACAUGGUCAUACCUACCCCCCUCUCCGAUCCCGAGCCCGAGCCCGAUAUACGAAGCCAUCAUAAUGGCCACUCCUCUCAACCACAACAACAACACCACCACCACCACAAUCACAAUGACCAGCUUGGCGCUGCUCACAACCACUCGAGUGGUCCACUCGACCAUGACUUUGCCCCGCGUAACUUGACUGCCACCCCAGUCUCGCCCCCCAUCGCGCCCACCCCGGAGAAUGCCCUCUCACCCAGGAUCAUCCUCCCCACUCGCCGCCGCGCCACAACCAUUAGCACUUUGAGCGACCCGGACUCGCCACCCGACGACGACGUUGAUUUUGUUCAGCCCACGUACCUCGAAGGCUUCAAGAACACAAUCAAGACUGUCCCCGUCAUCGUCGCUGCGCCCAUCCUUUGUCCGAUUGCAUGGGGUCUCCACUUCAGUGGUCAGAGCCCCGUUGCAGUCUUCGUCGUUUCGCUCUUGGCUAUCGUCCCACUUGCAGGUGGUCUCAGCUUCGCCACUGAGGAACUUGCCGGCCGACUCGGUGAUGCAUGGGGUGGUCUCCUCAAUGCCACCUUUGGUAACGUGAUAGAGCUCCUCAUUGCCAUUCUCGCCCUCGUCAAGGGUGACAUUGACAUUGUCCAGGCGUCCAUGGCUGGCUCCAUCUUGAGUAACAUCCUGCUUGUCCUCGGUAUGAGUUACUUCGCCGGCGGUCUGCGCUUCCACGAGCAGCUCUAUGCUGUCGUCGGCGCCCAAACCCACAUUGCCCUCCUCGGUAUCUCCGUGGCGGCCAUCCUCCUUCCGGAGGCUUAUCAUCUGGCGUACCCCACCACCACCAACGAACCGGUGGAGGCCCAGUUGACAAACCGGGCCAGUACAAAAAUGUCCCAGGCUGAGCUCAAGGACAUUCUCAGCAUGUCUCGCGGUCUCAGCUUCAUCCUCCUCAUCGUCUAUGGCUUGUACCUCACCUUCCAGUUGUACACCCACGCCUACCUCUUCAGUCUCGACCGUGAGGAGGAGAACCACGAUGAGCUUCCGGCACCUACCCACCACAAGGUCUUCCCCAAGCCCAACUGGGUGCCCUCGCUUCGCACUGUGAUGAGCCGUGACACUUUCUCUAAUCACGGGCGCAAUACGCCUACUCCACCGCGCCCUUUUGUGCCAACCACCGAUGCCGACGGACAUGCUGCAUUCAACCCUCACUCGCGCUCCGCCUCGCACGUCGACUUGGAACAGCAAAGGCAGGCUACCAGUCACUCGGUCUCUUCCUACCUUGCUUCUCAGUCUAAAAUGGAGCGCGGCGAUAUUCGUCUUCGCGAGAACCGCGCCAGUGACGAGAAGCGUGCCUCUGAUAUUGAGAGCCAGCCUUCGCCUAUCGAGGCUGGUCGCCAGAGCCCCGAGUCGAUGCAGCUCCCGAACACCACUGUCGACAUUAUCGACCUCGAGCGCCAGCGUAUCAAGCGAAAGGUUAUCCCCAAGGCCAUGCCCAAGGUCCCUACAUACUAUGCCUUUGGCUGUCUACUCAUCUUCUCUGGUCUUGCGGGUGUCACCGCCGAGUGUCUUGUCGCCUCUAUCGACGGCCUCACCGACAACACUGGUGUUUCGCGCGAGUUCAUCGGUAUGAUUGUCCUUCCCGUUGUCGGUAACGCGGUCGAACACAUUACCGCCGUUACCGUCUCGCUCAAGGAUCGCCUCAACCUUUCGCUCUCGAUCGCUGUCGGUUCGAGUGUCCAGGUCUCGCUUGGUCUUGUACCCCUUCUUGUCCUCAUCGGCUGGUGGAUCGGCCAGCCCAUGUCUCUCCUUUUCGACACAUACGAGACGAUCUGUCUUGUCCUUGCCAUCAUCAUUGUCAACGCCGCCAUCGCCGACGGCCGCACCAACUUCCUCGAGGGCGCGGUGCUCAUGAUGACCUGGGUCUGUAUGGCCAUUGUCACGUGGUACUACGACCCACUUCACUAAAAAGGUCGCCCUGCGGCCCUCGGCGGAGCGGAGAUGAUGAAGGAUAGGGGCGGGGCAGGCGGCGGGUGAGGACUCAUCUCGGCGAACGUUCAACAGGUUCGCAAUCGCUCUCCGCGCACAUCACCACCACCACCACACAAACCACAACCUCUCUUCCCAAUUGUAAAUAGCCACGCAACAACCGCACAUCAUCGUUGUCCAGCCGAAGCUGUAUCCAGGUCUUGUACAAGUACGAACAGUAUCAAAUAUGAACGUAUGAAUUGAAUGACCGUG